AUGGCUGAGACACGAAAAUAUAGAAGUCGUAAAAGCCGGCCAUGUGAUUUCUGUCGGCGGCGGCGCAUGGCGUGUCUGAAAAAAGAGAAGGCAGACAAGUGCGAGGGAUGUGGUCUUCGCAACCAGUCGUGCACGUACACUACGGGCCCUAUCAAGAAGAAGCGUCCAGACAGCUGGAAGGUGGAGACGGCCAACCCUUGCAUUUUUCGACUCGAGCGGCGACCAGACGUUGCUCCUGCCGAGAACAACGCAUUGGAGCUCCAUAACGGCAAGACUAGCUUGUUUGUGGGAUUCAGUGGAGACCGGGAUCCGUGGCUGUUGAGAAGAAUUGGGGAGGCAGCAGGCGCAGAUUCAGGGACAACAUAUUUGCUGAAGAAUACUAGCGCGCAAACGCCGAUUGUGUUUGCUAUGCACCCCACCGAGUAUCUCGAGCCACGCCCGGGGUGCUACGAGGUAGAUGCCGUGAGGGAGGCGGCCAAGCCCGUAGAAGACAGCUUGUUGGAGACGUAUUUCUCUGUGGUGAACUCCUCGUAUCCCAUCAUGAACCAGUCAGUUUUCUAUGAGGAACUGCGCAACGGGACGAUCUCUGCGACUCUUCUUGCUUCGAUGUACGUGGUGGCAUAUCCGUUUUUCCCCGACAAAUCUGUGGUUGAGAAGAAGGCUGCCGAUUGGUUCAAACUCUCAGACUUCACUGCGCGCGCUCUCCCACUGGAGCAAGGAGCGUCGACCAUGCAGACUGUCCAGGCAACCCUUCUGAAGCUGCACGAGCGCCCGAUGAUCAUUCGAGACGCCAACUUCCCGCGCCAUUGGGUACAGACAGCGUCUCUCGUUGCGUCUGCACAGGAACUGGGACUGCACAUUGACCCCGUCGGCUGGGACAUCCCAUGGCGAGAAAAGGCUAUGCGACGCAGGCUCUGGUGGCUGAUAUACGUGCACGACAAGUGGGAGAGCCUGGGAUUGUCGCGUCCUUCACACAUACACAGCGACGAUUUCAGUGUCGGCGAGAUCAGCGAAAGCGACUACGAGGACACGGUUCCGGGAGUACGGAUGUUCCUUGUGAUGGUGCGCCUGACCAAAGUACUUUCCGAGCUGCUAACGCGGUUCUACACGGUCAAGGCUCUGCAGAGACCAGCUGAGGAGUCCAUGGCGAUCGGCGUCGAGCUCUUAAACAGGAUAGAUGCAAUUGACACAAUGUACUUUCCAGUCGCAAGUCCUGCCGGACCUAUGGCUUCGUUGGUGCUCGCGAAGACAACGCUGGCACUGUCAUGCUGUCGGUCAAUCCUCUACACAGAUACAGAUGCGUGCUACGCGUCUCUGACUUCACGGGCUCUAAACUACUGCAGCGAGUUCAACGUGUUUCUUACGGGCCUGCAGUUUGACGGUUUCUGGUGGUGCUACUCACAGAUGAACUUCUCAAUUGUGGGAACCUGCAUGCUUGCCUUCUACGUAAUUGCACAAAGCAAGGUUGACGGCGAGGCUUGGAAGAGCCAGGUCGAGUGCUACCGCAACAAUCUGUCCGCGCUGGCCGAACAAACACACGUGACGCAGCUUGCCUUGAUGCGUUUCGAUGCGUUGUACGAAAGGAUCGGCAAGCGGACAGGAGGCGAUGUUCCGAAGAGAGUGGUGGCAACGGACGAAGACCUCUUUGGUGAGUGGCUAGCAAACAACGGAUUCUAGCCCGCGGGUCAUUUUGUUGGGUGUGCCACGACCAAAACAUUGUUUCUCUCGCUGCGGUAGCAUUGUUUUUUGCCCGCAGGAGGAAGAAAAUAAUAUAUAAGCCAGGGGGGUCUGGGGUAGUCGGCAAUGACCACCACAACUAUCACAACACUAAGACUGGAGAGCCGCUUCAAGGAACUCAAGCGCGAAAUCAUCAGGCCAGAAAACCACGAGGCUGUCCAGGCCUCCUGGGGAAGACUACUGAAAGCUCUGGACAGAAAGGCCGACGAGAUCAGCCGUGCAGGCUCGUCUUACAUCCCAGAGGUCAACUGGGGGGACAUUGAGAACGGUGGUUUUACCGAGGAGAUGACUUCUCUGAUCCACGCCCGCGGCUGCUUGAUUAUCCGCGACGUGAUCGACGAUGAGCAGUGCAACCAGUGGAGAGAGGAUACCAAGAAGUACAUCGAGAGCCAUCCUGGUAUCACCGGGACUCCACGCACUGGUGUCACCAGCAAUUGGUUUAUUCAUUGGUCGAAGGCACAAGUGGAGGCAAGAAGCCACCCUCGCAUGGUUCAGCUUAUGAAGGCUGUUGGUAAGUUGUACAAAAACAACGACCCUGACGCUCUUCUGGACAUGGACUCGCAAGUUGUGUAUGCUGACCGUUUGAGAAUCCGAUACCCCGGGCGCGACAGCACGCUCCCACUGCAUCUGGACUCGAGCUCUAUCGAACGGUGGGAGGACGAGCAGUACAGAGACGUGUAUCGGGAGAUUUUCGAAGGCCGAUGGGAAGACUGGGAUCCAAACCUCAUUGACAGACGUCCUUCUGCAAAUCAGGAUCUGUACCAAGGUAUGAGUAGCAACGGGUCUACGUGCAGUGUGUUUCGCUCGUUCCAGGGUUGGUUGGCUCUUUCUGACGCCAAGCCUGGCGAGGGAACCAUCUGGUUUUUGCCGGACCUGAAAUGUGUUUUGGCGUACAUUUUGCUCAGACCCUUCUUUGAUGAGCGGGGCAAUUUGGACCUGAGCUCUGCACAGUUCCCAGGCGCAACACCUGGCUCUGGUCAGUUCAUGGCAAACGACAGGGCCAUGUUUCCGCAUUUGCAGCAUGACAAGAGCGUGGUUGGCAUUCCUUACGUCAAGCCCGGCGACUUUGUCUUGUGGCACGCAGAUCUUUUGCACGAAGUGGACGAGGAGCACAAAGGCGACAAGGAGUCGUCUGUCGUCUAUAUUGCACACACCCCGCUGUGUCCUUACAACAUUGAGACUUUGAAGGACUCGAGAGAGUGCUUCGAAUCAGGAGCAAAGCCACGAGACUUUAGGUACGAAUAUGAUGAUGGUCCUGACGAGUCGUCGUAUGAGGAUCGGGGACGUGAGGAGCACUUGCUGUCGCUGGAGGGCAAACAAGCGCUGGGUUUGGUUCCGUUUGACGUGAAUGAGGAAGGUCUGACCCCGGGUCAAAUCGCCGUCCGCAAAAUGGCAAACGAGGCAAUGCAAGGAUAUUGGAGCACAAGUCAGUCAGCACCAGUUAUGCAGAAAACUAGCCAAGUUGAGUAGUUAAAGAAGAGAAUUAGAGCUUUUCAUAACAUAAUGUUAAUUGGGGCGUUCUCGAGGAUCUAGCCGAAAAAUCAUAUGCAACUUGAACAAUAAUGCUCAGCAAAUUUAUCUUUGUGCGCUGGGAAAAAGUGUGGAGUGCUAAGUGCGGCUAUCGCUUAAAUUUCCUAUCCAAGAAACAAGGUUUCGAAUCGAACACAUCAUUGUUUUUCUAAAUGAUUGAGGCUGCAAUCUGGUGACGACGUGUGGCAACUGAGAUAUUCAUAACGAGGCAGUGGGUUUGCACUGUAUCGAAGUUGUGGCAGACACUCUUUUCAGCCCGCCGUUUGGACCACGGUUCUGGCAGUUCCCAUAAAUGAUGGUGACAAAAAAUCUGAGGCGCUUGCCGCAUUUUGUGAUCCGAAGGUGUAUCUAUCGACGAUUAUUCAAUUUUGCCAAGAUAUCCUCAUGUACGGGUUUUCCACGUUCUUACCGUCGAUCCUAAAGAGCGAUCUUGGCUACACUUCACUGCAAGCACAAUAUCUGACAGUCCCCUGCUACAUGUUUUCGGGCAUUGUUUUCAUUCUUGCGGCCAGAAUAUCUGACAAGACUAGAAUAAGGGGACCGCUGAUUAUCUUGCUAGAUUUGUUUGGGGUUGUUGGAUACGCACUUAUCCUUGGAAACACUAGCAGCGGAGUCAAAUACUUUGCGUGCUAUCUCAUCUGCAUGUGCUUGUACGUCCCGGGGUUGAACGAAGCCUGGCUGGCCACGAACCUAGCUCCAAGAUUCAAGAGGGCCAUGGGUCUGGGAAUAAAUCAGACUCUGGGAAAUGUCGCAGGCGUUGUGAGCGCACAGGUCUACCGAAAGCCUCCAAAAUACGUACUGGGUCAUGCAUUUACUCUUGGGUGCAUUGGAAUGGGAAUUGUGUGCUCAGGGUUGAGCACGGUUCUCCUCGUUCGUCGCAAUAAGGCCAAUAUAAAAGCGUGCGAGACAGGCGUUGAUGUGCGUGGGCUGAAGCGAGAUAUUGGCGAUGACUCGAUUGAGUUCCGGUUUGUUACAUAGAAGAGAGGUUAAGAAUUAUAGU